AUGCAACUCACUGCUACUGUUCGUGAAGCAGUGGCGCCACACCCCUUGGACGAUCUGUUACCCGUACCCGAAGGUGCGCACAACAACCCAGUCACGUUCGAGGUCGACUUCGGCGAGGGCUUUGACUGCGAUUGGUCGCAGGUCGAUUACCGCUGCCCAGAAGAACUGUUUCCUGAUUUGCCAGUUACUAUCCCCACUCACGUCGAGCUCCCAUACUUGAAUCGAGAAGACAAGUUACUAUUGGCACAAUCAUGGGUAUUUUAUGGUUUGCUCUCCAACAUCUUUGGCAGAUGCAUAAGGAAGCAAGAUGUAUUCUCCAACAACCGCUUGUGCCAGCACAAGCUUAUCGGGCUGCUUCGCCCCUGGCAUAGAAAUCUGUGUUUACAGAGUAAGAAUGAUCAAAAUCAGUAUAUCCAGCAAUCGCGAGAACUGCUGCGUGCGGCAGCCGUCAUUAUAGACCUCCUAGAUGCAUGUCCGACGCGAGACAGGGGUCAGGAAGCAACGGAACUCGAUUUUCCCGUAGCAUGUACCAUUUUAUGCGUUAAACUCUUCAUCGAGUACAUGUGCGAAGUUUUGGAUGCGCAUGUUUUUAGGUCGAGGACUCCAAACCUACAUCAUUCUCGGGAACCUUGGUUCCAGAGCAGUUUGAAAGUAGCCGAUAAUGUGGUCCACGCGUAUGAUGGAGACUUUCACCAGGUUGAUACUUUCGAACAACGGACUACAUACUUCCUGGCAAUGGAACCAGGGACUGACUUUGCAUCGACCUGCACAACCCGCCUUUUGCGAAAGUGGUUUGAUGAGCACGGCUGGUGUCUGGCGGUUGUCCGUUCUAUGGGCAAGGAAAAAUAUAGCACCUGGUAUUACCUUGCCCGGAUCGCACGCUUUGAGAAGCCUGGCAAACAUUACGAAUGCGAAAAUGAGCAAGUUUGUAGAGCAUAUGAUUUGACAAGUCAAGAGCGACAACUUUAUCAGCCGAAGCAUAGUGUCACUUGCGAUGGAAGUUGCCCUGUACUCCCAAAUUUACUAACUGAAUUUGAGACAAAGCUCCAUAAUAUCAUUCAUGACAACAAGAUACCAAUGCUUUCCAUCAAAAAAAGCGACGAGGAUCUCAACCUUUCCGUGGAAGCCUAUGAUGGCACACAGAGGUAUACCGCCAUUUCCCACGUAUGGAGUGAUGGUAUGGGAAACGAUCGAAACAACCAGGUGCACCGGUGCCAGCUUCACAAGAUUGCCUCUGAGCUGGAAACACUCCGGAGAGAACGGGUCCGAAACUCUUGGAUGAACGGUUGGUCGAUGUACGUUCGUUUAUUGAAUAUCUGGCCCUUUCGGCACGAAUCUAAGCUGCUAUUCUGGCUGGAUACCAUUUGCAUACCUCCCCGGUAUAAUCCGAAUAUUAGCGACCAGCCAAUGUCCCCUCCCGGAACGUGACCC